AUGAAUCAAACCAAUUUUGGAUUUUCUCAAAAUGUUGAGGAAGUAGCUCUAGAUCUAGUAAAAGAUGAUCAAGAUUUAGAAGAGUUUAAUGGUCGAAAUAUCCCAAACACGAAUUCUCGUGCUGCUUUGCUUUCGUCUUUCUUAAGUAUGAUACAAGCCCAAGAAGAGAAGAUAUUUCCUCUUUUUCAUAGUGACAAGAAAAACAAUGGCGCAAACAGUGAGAAGAUGAAAGAGAAAACUUUAAGUAGCAAUAAGGACAGAUUGAAUGGAGUUGUAGAGUAUAACUUUAGUACUAGUGGCAAAGGUUCAAAUCCGACAAAUGGGGUUCUAAGUCUGACCGAUGAAGUUCUAAGUACUAGCGGCAAAGGUUCACAUUCGAUAGAUGGGUUUCUAAGUACUGGUAGCAACGGAUUAAAUCUAAAAGAUGAGAUUCUAAGUAUUAGUACCAAAAGUUUAAAUCCAACAUAUGAAGUUCUAAGUACAAGUGGCAAAAAUGUAAACAGAACAUUAGAAAAGAGUCUAGAUAUAAGUAGCUCAACUGAUAUUUUAGAAGUGAAUCUCAGUACCGUGAAAAAUUACUCAAACGGGACCACGAUGAGCACCGACAAGGGCCUGCUCAAGAACAUGCAUCGUCGGUUCCUCAGCAAUGUGCAUGCCUCACUCAAGCAUCACAUCAAGAAUGCUGAAGACUGGGCUAUGAGCAAGAAGGAAGCGGGGGAACUCUUUGAGGUCUAUUAUACCUGUCUACAGGACAAGCUGGCCGCUUUGAAGUCGGAAGAGUUUCCGAUAAAGACGGUCAUGGCGAUUGAAGGGGAAAAAGUGAUGAUGGACUGCAAAGUUUGCUUCAGGCCUGACCGGGACGAGGAAUCCCAGAGGGCCAACUGGCAGGUGCUGAGACACGAGGAUACGGCACUACAGCGUGUGCAUGUUGGGGGAAAGUUUCACGUGACUAAAGACAGCUCACUCGUCAUCACGGGCAUUGACGUCAAUGAUGCAGGUCAGUACUUCUGUGUGGAGGAGAUGGAUUACGCUGCUGUAUAUCAGGUCGAUGUCUUUCUCACAGAUCGCAGGAAGCAUAUCAAGCUGGGUCAGGAUGUUCCUCAGGCUGACGUGUACCUGGUCCAGCAGAACCUCCAGGUGUUCACCAUGUGGGCAGCCUGGAGUGAGUGCAACACUUGCGACAGGCAGGGGCAGAAGUUUCGUGUGGGGCAGUGCACUGUCAAGAAACUGUACCAGGACACCCCUGUGUUCCCACGUGACUACCCCAUCAUGAUGUUCUACAAGGAGGGGGUACCGUGCCACUCUACAGCCGUACCCCGGCAUCUCAGGAACCUUCCAGAGAUCGGGCUACGGUACAGCGAGACUCAAGUGACCUUCUGUAUGGAGCCGUGCCCCACCAUCCCACCAUCUGUGUCAAUUACUGACGAGACGGGUAAGGUGAUUGAGGUGCUAGAGCCAGGUUACUUCCCGCUGGACGCCAAACCCCAGCUGCCCCCACUGGUCAAGCGUAAAGUCCUGUACGAGCCGCUCCAGUCACACCUGGUCCUACACUUCCUACACUGUCCUGGAGACCUUGAUGUUUCGGUUGUACACUGGGCCCGGGGUGAGCGUGGGGUUGACCCAGCCAGCAUACGUCAUCAAACCAAAGGUCGGGUGUGGGUGGAUUCCCUGAGCCGUCUGCACAUCAACCCUCUGAUUCUCAGUGACACAGCGGUCUACAAUUGCUGGUGCAAGAAACGUCGUGUGGCGUCCAUCAAGGUACUGGUGGUCAAUGAGAGCAACAAGAAGAUCAAGCACUACAUCUCCUUCUGUGGCCUCAUCACCACUUGCUUCGGUUCUUUCCUCUUCGUCUUCUGCAUUUGUUGCAAGAAAAGUGACAAGAACGCCAGAUAGAUUUGUUGCAAGAAAAAUGACAAGAACGCCAGAUAGAUUUGUUGCAAGAAAAAUGACAAGAAUGCCAGAUAGAUUUGUUGCAAGAAAAGUGACAAGAAUGCCAGAUAGAUUCACUGAACAGGACAAGAAUGCCAGAUAGAUU